UGGAUAAUAACAGGAACUGAACCGCGAAGGGGGCAGGAGCAGCAGCAGGAGCAGCAGCAGGAGGAGGCCAUGGCUGGACAAUGACUGACGUGGAAAGUGGAAGGAGUGUGUAACAAACCUCGGUGGAGAAAAAAGUCUUGAGAGCCAAAUCCAUCGCCUCUCCGUAAGCUGCUGUGGGUUUCACUGGGCUCAGCACAAUGAGUCUGGAUAAAGCAGAGCUGUGUGAUUCACUGUUAACCUGGUUACAGACAUUUCAUGUGCCAUCAUGCAACAGCAAGCAGGACCUUACGAGCGGAGUGGCCAUCGCACAUGUGCUGCACAGAAUAGACCCCUCUUGGUUUAAUGAGACAUGGCUAGGCAGGAUCAAGGAGGAGAGCGGGGCCAACUGGCGCCUCAAGGUCAGCAACUUGAAAAAGAUUCUUAAGAGCAUGAUGGAAUAUUAUCAUGAUGUGCUCGGUCACCAGGUAGCAGAAGUGCACUUACCGGACGUGAACCUUAUAGGGGAGAUGGAAGAUGUCACUGAACUGGGCAAGCUGGUGCAGCUCGUAUUGGGCUGUGCUGUCAGUUGUGAGAAGAAACAAGAGCAAAUCCAGCAGAUAAUGACACUUGAGGAAUCUGUCCAGCACGUUGUGAUGACAGCCAUUCAGGAGCUCUUAUCAAAGGAUCCUUCAUCGGAACCAGGAAGCCCAGAGACCUAUGGGGAUUUUGACUACCAGUCCAGGAAGUAUUAUUUUUUAAGUGAGGAGGCAGGCGAGAAGGAGGACCUGAGCCAGCGUUGCAGAGACCUGGAACAUCAGUUGUCGGUGGCACUGGAGGAGAAGUCGUCCCUACAGGCAGAGACAUGCUCCCUGAAGGAGAAGCUGAGCCACUGUGACUCUCUGGACGCCACCUCCAUCACUGGCAAGAAAUUGCUGCUGCUGCAGAGUCAGAUGGAGCAGUUUCAGGAGGAGAACUACAGACUGGAGAACAGCAGAGAUGACGUGCGCGUACGAGGAGAGAUACUGGCGCGCGAGGUGAUCGACCUGCAGCAACGCAACGAAGAUCUAACCAGCCUGGCGCAGGAAGCCCAGUCCCUCAAAGACGAGAUGGACAUUCUCAGGCACUCGUCUGACCGGGUGAACCAGCUCGAAGCCCUGGUGGAGACGUACAAGAGGAAGCUGGAGGAUCUGGGAGACCUGCGCAGACAGGUGCGCCUCCUGGAGGAGCGCAACACCGUGUACAUGCAGCGCACCUGCGAGCUGGAGGAGGAGCUGCGCAGGGCCAACGCUGUCCGCAAUCAGCUAGACACCUACAAGAGACAGGCUCACGAGCUUCACACCAAGCACUCUGCAGAGGCCAUGAAAGCUGAGAAAUGGCAGUUUGAGUACAAGAACCUUCAUGACAAGUAUGACUCACUGCUGAAGGAGAAAAAACAUCUGAUCUCGGAAAGAGACACACUUCGGGAGACAAACGAUGAGCUCAGGUGCGCACAAGUCCAACAGAAGUGUCUCAGCGGAUCCGGAGGCUUGUGUGACAAUGGUGUCACAGUAGGAAACCUCGCUGCAGAGAUCAUGCCUACUGAGCUCAAGGAGACGGUGGUGCGUCUACAGAGCGAGAACAAGAUGUUGUGUGUCCAGGAGGAGACCUACAGGCAGAGAGUAGUGGAGGUGCAGGCUGAGCUGGAGGAGGCUCAGCGCAGCAAGAACACCCUGGAAACUCAGAACAGAUUAAACCAGCAGCAGAUCUCCGAGCUGCGUUCUCAGAUCGAGGAGCUUCAGAAAGCGCUCCACGACCAGGACAGCAAGACUGAGGAUGCCAUCUCCUCCUUACUGAAGAAGAAGCUUGAGGAGCAUUUGGAGAAGCUCCAUGAAGCUCACUCGGAUCUCCAAAAGAAAAGAGAGGUCAUUGAUGACCUUGAGCCCAAAGUGGACUGCAGCAUGGCAAAGAAGAUAGAUGAACUCCAGGAGAGCCUGAAGAAGAAGGACGAGGACAUGAAGCAGAUGGAGGAGCGAUACAAGCGCUAUGUGGAGAAGGCGAGAACGGUGAUCAAAACUUUGGAUCCCAAGCAGCAGCCAGUGCCUGCGACUCCUGACAUUCAGGCUCUAAAGAACCAGCUGACGGAGAAGGAGAGAAAAAUCCAUCACCUGGAGAAUGACUAUGAGAAGAGCAGAGCCAGACAUGACCAGGAGGAGAAACUCAUCAUUACUGCAUGGUACAACAUGGGGAUGGCGUUGCAUCAGAAAGUGUCUGGCGAGCGGCUGGGUCCCUCUCACCAGGCCAUGUCCUUCCUCGCCCAGCAAAGGCAGUCCACCAACGCCAAGAGAGGCCUGAUACGACACCAUCCGAGAUAAGACUCACACACGCGGAGAGGAAGCCUGGUGUAGACGAGGUGAUCCACAGUAGACCUCACCUGAACUCCCCGUGUCUCUGCCUUAAUGCCUUUCACUGGAUCGCUGCCCCUCAGAGUAUUCUUCAUGCUGCUGCUGCCCCCUGCUGGCUCUAAAUGGUACGAGAAUGUAUAUUUUCUGUGUGGAGCCCCGGAGGAGAGAGAGAGAGAGAGAGACAGACUGUGUUCAACUCUGCUGUUAAAUAGAUUCAGAGUAAACUCAUUCGGGCUUGAAAAGAGGCCGUUUCACCUUUUUAAGGUGACUUUUAUUAACUCUUUAGCCUCGUGGACGCAAUCCUGUUUCUUUAAGGUCUGUUUUAAGUCUGUUUUGUCUUUCAUGUUGUACAAUAGGAUUAAAUGUGAACUAGUUUCUUCAAAGUUGAAAUGUGUUGGACGAGAGAAGAGUUAUUAGGGGUUUUACAAUUACUAUUGUAAGUGCUAAAAUAAGACAUAAAGCCACACUGGCUAUAGACUGAAAACACAUCCAGUCAUUGGUACAUCUCUUUGGUUUUGUUUUGUUCAUUUUGUUUUGAAUUUCUGUUGUCUUAGCCAUGUGUUUUGAGGUGAGUUUGAGUUUUUUUGUUUAUAAUUUGAAGGACCUCAAAAAGAUGUAAAGACCACGAAGAUGUGAUAAUGGCUUUAGUCUUUUUUUCCUUUUUGUAUUCACUUGAAUCAUUUUCUCUAAACUUAAUAUUCAUAAUAAUAAGAAUUGGUUUAAAUGUUCACAAGCUACACCAAUGCGCUUUCCUGGAAGGGUGGGUUUGUUAAGUGCCUCACAGAAAACUAAAACUACUCCCUCUAUGGAUGAGACUGAAAUUUGAAAUAUUCGCAGAAUCGACCCCCUUCUCCCCGUCUCAUUUGCCUCAAAUAGAUUUUACUUAAAGAAUACUUCACACUGCAGGCAAUACUGUGACUUCUGCAUAUUUUUCUUAAUGUUCACUAAAUAUAAAUUGGAUUAUUACUUUAAGAUUUAUUUUUAUUUUUUCAUUCGCGUCCCGCUUCCCAAAGAUUGAAACAGGUUGGUUGUGGGUUAGGACCUAAAUGCACUCACCACUUUAGACUUAUAUAGGCAAUUAAACCCUCCUAUUUAUCACAAUGACUGGAAUACACAAUGUGAUUGAGUCCAUUAUGAUAGAAACACUAAUAAUAAUAAUGACUCAGCUAAUGGCUGUUUACCGCUGCUAGGCCUCCUUUAAAGUGUAAUCAAACUGGAAGGAAACGUCUUCAUUAUUACUCUGGAAUUAUUUUGUUUUGUGUCAGCAGGAAGUCGGAAGCGGGUAUAAAGGUUGAGCCUGUAACAGAUGGGCCCAUUUAUCAACACUACGUCCACCUUUAUUCACUACCGGUUAGUUUUUCCUUUUCAACAGACGGAGUGAACGUAGUCCCUAAUCGGAGCUACUGUUUUGCGACUUGUACUUUGUCCCUGUGAAUGUUGGUGCUAUGGACUACGUAGACCAGAAUCCUGCUGUUGUGUUCACACAUCUUCUGAUAUUGUUUGAGUUGAUUUCCAUGGUGUUACGUCACUAUCUUUUGCUGCACAUUUGCAAGGCUUGAAGGGUUUAACUUUUUUAGGUUGUCUGUUUGUAUCAUAUAAUGGUCUCGUAGAUUAUAGCAUAGUGUACUUCACACAGGGGUCUGAGGCAAGUUUAAGAUCUGUAGUCCCGUCUGUCCUACCUUUACACUACAAAUAAAUGGGAUCUUAAGUUAAA